CCCUGCCGGAGAGACAAGGGGGAAUGCAGGUCGCGACGCUAAUUACUGGGGAAUGCCCCGCGGGCCAACCAAGGCUUGGUGGGUUCAGGUUUCCGCUUUGGGCAGCCUCUCUCACUUUCCGCCGGCCGGCCAGGCAGGGGCGGGACCUGAGCGUUUUACUUCCGGAUCCGACAGCUUAGACACCGGAAGCCGGAAGUGAGAAGUUGGCAGAGGGAGAAGGGAAGGGCUACAGCGGAACUCGGACUUUCUCGGAGCGCCGGGGGUCCGAGGAACGCUCGGGGCCCGCCGUUCCCGCCCUUCUCACGUCGGACCGACUCAGCUGACAGGCCCUGACGUGUUGGAUGAGCAGGCCCCCCUGAAAGAGUCCACUGUGUGAGAUGGUGCAGCCGAGUGGCGGCCCGGCAGGGGACCAGGACAUGCUAGGUGAAGAGUCUUCUCUGGGGAAGCCAGCCAUGCUCCAUGUGCCUUCAGAGCAGGGCACCCCUGAGACCUUCCAGCGCUGUCUGGAGGAGAAUCAAGAGCUCCGAGACGCCAUCCGCCAGAGCAACCAGAUGCUGCGCGAGCGCUGUGAGGAGCUGCAGCGUUUCCAGGGCAACCAGAGGGAGGAGAAGGCCUUCCUCAUGCAGAAGUUCCAGGAGGCCCGGGACUUGGUGGCGAGGCUGAGCCUAGAGAAGCGCGAACUGCGCCAGCAGAGGGAGCAGGCCCUACAGGAGGUGGAACGCCUGAAGACAUGCCAGCAGCAGAUGGCUGAGGACAAGGCCUCAGUGAAAGCCCAGGUAACAUCCUUGCUGGGGGAGCUGCAGGAGAGCCAGAGUCGCUUGGAGGCUGCCACUAAGGAGCGCCAGGCUUUGGAGAGCAGGGCCCGGGUGGCCAGCGAACAGGCCCGGCAGCUGGAGAGCGAGCGGGAGGCGCUGCAACAGCGGCACAGCGUGCAGGUGGACCAGCUGCGUCUGCAGAACCAGAACAUGGAGGCUGCCCUGCGCAUGGAACGCCAGGCCGCCUCGGAGGAGAAGCGGAAGCUGGCCCAGCUGCAGGUGGCUUAUCACCAGCUCUUCCAAGAGUAUGACAGCCACAUCAAGAGCAGCAUGGUGAGCAGUGAGCGGAACCGAGGACUGCAGCUGGAGGAUCUCAAGCAGCAGCUCCAGCAGGCUGAGGAGGCCCUGGUGGCCAAACAGGAAGUGAUCGAUAAGCUGAAGGAGGAGGCGGAACAGCACAAGAUCGUGAUGGAGACUGUCCCAGUGCUAAAAGCCCAGGCGGAUAUCUACAAGGCAGACUUCCAGGCCGAGAGGCAGGCCCGGGAGAAGCUGGCUGAGAAGAAGGAAUUCCUGCAAGAACAGCUGGAGCAGCUGCAGAGGGAAUAUAGCAGGUUGAAGACCAGCUGUCAGGAGUCAGCCAGGAUUGAAGACAUGAGGAAGCGGCACGUUGAGGUCUCCCAGCCCCCCUUAACCCCUGCCCCAGCUCAUCACUCCUUUAACCUGGCCCUGCCCAGCCAGAGGAGAAGCCCCCCUGACGAGCCGCCCAACUUCUGCUGCCCCAAGUGUCAGUAUCAGGCUCCUGACAUGGACACCCUGCAGAUACACGUCAUGGAGUGCAUCGAGUAGGGCUGCAGGCCGCCAGGCAGCCCAGGACCGUGCUCUCUGCUGCUUUCCUCUCCUGUCUGCCUGGGCCUGAACUAGGGGCAGCUGACACAGAGUGGGCACCCUCUCUGAACCCCGAGACCUAGCCACAGGCCCCCAUGCUUCCACACCCUCGUUUAUGGGUUCGCCUCUCUUAGGGCAACACAGAGCCCCAGCGAGGCCCACCACUGUGCCCUUUUGUUUCGUUCUGUCUGCCUGAGCUGCUUGGCUCUGGGGUUCACACUUUUUCCACCUGUGCUAGGAAGGUCACGAGCCACAGCCGGGGCUCCUGGACACUGGCUUCCCAGGCUGAGGUGGGCAGAGCCUUCCUCCCAGCCACCUGGCACAGCACCUAGGGUGCAGGUCUUGUAAGCUGGGUGCUGUUCCCUUCGCGGCUGCAGCACAUUGGACUGAUGCUGUCUGUUACUACUGGACAUUGGGGUUGUCGCUGUGGUACAAAAUCCUUGUGCAUCUCUCAUACGUACCUUGGGUUGGAUCCUUCGAAGCGGCACCAUUGAGUAUCCACCAGGGCUAGACAGCACUGAGGCCCCUACCCUAGUGUGCCUUCCUGCUCUCACCACAGCUCUGCCACGGGUGAUGGUGUCCAAGAGUGGGGGGGGUGGCUUGUGCCCAUCCCACAAAGUGAGCUCCUCUCUGUUAAGAGUAAGCUUGACUUAUCUUUUCAGAGCUUGAAGGGUCCUUUUCAGUUCUGGUAUAAAUGGCCUGCUUGGAUUUUUUUUACGUAUUUUUCUGUUGAGCGGUUAGUCUUUUAUUCCUUGACUUACAAGAGCUCUUCGGUCAUUAGGGGGAUCGACUCUUUUCGUGUGUGAUAUAACCUGCGGUUAUCUCUUCUUCCUGACUUGGUACCGGUGUGUUUGCACUGGAGACUGUUCUUUGUCGUUUUGUUUAUCCUGCACAACUUCGGGUUUAGCGUUGUCACCACCUCUUGGUCUGAGGAGGUGUGCAUGCCACAGGUACACUUGCCCCGUGCUGCCUGAUGCUGCAGUGCACCCUGGUCCUCCCCAGGAGCGCUGCCACCAAAGUCUGUGAUGCUGUUCCCUGUGCCAGCCCCAGAUACCCCAGCCUGGCCAACAGAAGCCACUUCACCAUCUCUGGCAGAGUACCAACAUCAGAGAACUCUCUUAUAGUUUUGCAAGAAUCUGGAUAUUUCCGAGGAUGUCGAUGCUGUGGGCAUCAACCCUGUAAUUGUGGUUUCCUUCUCAGUGCCCAGCAUCCCUCUGUGCCCUGGGGGCUGCCUGGUUGGAAACGGGACGACACAGACCCCCGUCCCUGGGUUUUGUGUGGGACACCUGCUAUCUGGCAGUGCCAGGGUGGACUAGGAUCGGGAUAUCAGUCUGGCUAGAUGAAGGCCCAGCCAGCAUCCUGUUUUGAAAACAAGCCUGGGCUGGGAGCUUUCUUGUCAUCUGCAGGGGGAGACUGAUCUACUUCCUGAAGCCCAGUGUUCAGUUGCAAAUGGUCCUUCAGGAGCAUGUUAAAGGCACAGAUAGGUUCUCUGCUCAUGGACGCUCUUUCAAACCGUAUCCUGCAAUUUUUCUACAAGAGCACUUGCCAUUUUGGGGGAAUGUAUUAGUUUCCUGUUGUUGCUGGAGCAGGUGACUUAGGCCUCCCACUUCUGGAGGCCUAAGUCUGAAAUCCAGGUGUGGGCAGGCUUUGUUCCUUCUAGAGGCCUCUCUCCCAGCUCCCAGUGGUCUUCCUCAGAAUUCCUUGGCAGGUGGACGUGUCUCUCCAGCAUCUGCCUCUGUCUCUACAUAGUCUUCUCCACUUUUUCUUCUCUUUCAAGGACACUUAUUGGAUUUGGAGCCCCCCCCCCGCCCCCACCCUGAGUCAUUCAGGAUGACCUCGUCUCCAGAUGCUUGCUUUCAUUGCAUCUACAAAGACCCUUUUUCCAAGUAAGAUCACAGUCACACGUUCUGGGGGUCAGGACAUGUGCAUCUGUGUUGGCCACCGUUCAGCCCAGCACAGGGUCAUCUUCUGGUGCCCAUGGAUGAGGACAGAUGUGUUUGAAGGCAGUUAUCUCUGGGAUUGGCAGCUCUGUCGGAGGGCUUGUUCCCUGGGGUGAUGGUGACCACUGCGCUCUGCAGAGGUAACACUGUGGUGAGGAAAAAUGGAGUUGGGAGUGGGGUAGGUGCUUGCAAGCUCGGGGACUGUCGAGCCUCAGACCCUUCAUCUCCAGCUGGACAGCACUGCUGAGGCUGAUGCACGUGGCUAGGAGAAAGAGGAUGACUCUGUUGGACCACUUGCAUCCUGGGUGGUGGCUCCUGGCUGGGUAGGGAUUGGUUUCGUGCUUCUAAGAUGACACAUAUACACCAGAGUGCUUCUCUGACCAGCUCCCUCCUCUGAAAGGGGGCUGAAAGAAGGGGAGAUCCCAGAGUGGUGCAAGGUGGACAUUCUCUGCCCCACCCCCCCAACCCAGGAGUAUUUCUGCAGCUCAGGCAGAGGCCCCCACCUAGGCAGCACAGUGGCUGUAGUGGGAGCUUCACACACGUUCCACCUCUGCCCCAGAGCAGCUGCUUUGGGGCUGACUGGGGACCGGUCGCCGGCCAGGACCCACUGCUGUCUGGAACCUUCUCUUCCUGCAGACUGGGCACCCCUCACACCCGGCCUCCUGCCUCCUGUGGGGCUGACAGGAUGUGAAAGACUGAAGGUUUUCAACCAGGCUUCUGAAACAAGGGGCUGGAUUCCUCCCGUGAGGGAAGCAGCCUGACUGCGGGGUCAGCUGUGGCCCCUGGACCCUCAUGACCGUGGGUUUGGGUGGUGGAGAUGGACAGAUAGGACCUCCACGUUGGCAUUGUCCAUUGCUUCCACACACCCUGCUCCAUUACCUGGUUAAGAGAAUGCACGUUAAGAGCAAUCAAAUAAGCACAAUACAAAAGCAUUUCUUUCUCAUGAAUGACUAGAAUGACAUAGACUCAAACUAGACAAAAAGUGAUGUCAAAAUGGCAACUAACGCCGACUUCCAGUGCCCUGUUGACAAGGCACGGGGACCCACUGCCAUGGGGCUGGUCGGGUGGGAUGGACAAGCCCAUAGGGAGUGUCCUAGCCUCCUCAACCCCGCGACUUCAACACUGUCAGGCUGCUGGCUGCAGCAGCAUCUGUAGCCACCAAAGGCCAUGGAGUAGGAGGCAGCGCUUCUGGAGCCGUGGAUACCUCGUCACCUGGAACCCACUCUGGAGCAUGUGGGUGUGAAAAAGCCAACAGACACAGUGAUAUAUGAAGUGUGACCCCAAUAAAAGAUGGAGAGCUGUUGUG